GGAAACAGCUGAGACUCGGAGGAGGAGGGGGGAUGUGUAACACCCGCACACGGGCGGCUGUCUCACCUCCUCCUGCUCCAAGCCGAGACGCAGGUGUCUGCUGAGCCUCCGCGCGCGGACACCACGUUCAAUGAGUCGCGCGCUCGCUCCUUUGUGCGCCGCGGGUCGAUGUGACGCCGGCUCCACAGCAGCACACCGAACCCGCUCCAAGGAGACACGCUGGACCCGCUGAGCACCAUGGCUGACCAGUACAGUAUGUUUCUCACCACGGCGCCACCCCUCCGGCGAGGGAGCACCCCCCUGCCUGUCAAACACCAGCUGCGGAGGGAGGAGGCCGUGUCCGAUGACUGCGAUUGGAUGCCGGGCUUGGAGGAGCCUUCCACGCUGCCUAUCAGUGGCACAGCAUUACCUCGGGACGAGUCCUUUAGUCAGUCAGCAGCAGCCCAGCCAGCGUACCAGAGCCAUGGUGGGGCUCUGAGGAUAGUGCUGCUGGGACAGAACGGCGUGGGCAAGUCAUCGCUCGCCUUAUCUCUGGCUGGACAGUCGGACGGAUCCCUCUCUAUAGACUCUGAGACACAAGCUUGUGGUGAGGGCUACGAGUGCACGGUGACCGUGGAUGACGAAGACAGCAAAGUCAUAAUUUUUGACAAUUGGAAACAGGACCUGUCCACUCUGCAGUGUGACGUAUGUAUCUUGGUCUUCUCAGUGACUGACAGGAGAAGUUUCCACCGCACCGCCCAGCUCCGCCUCCUCCUCAGGGAGUCCCAGCCGCACACGCCAAUCAUUCUGGUGGGAAACAAGAGCGACCUGGUUCGGUCCCGGGAGAUCAGUUCAGAGGAGGCCCAGUCCAGUGCCAUGAUGUUCGACUGCCUCUACCUGGAGCUCUCAGCAUCUUUGGACCACGGCACCAAUGAGCUGCUGGAGGCAGCUGUGCGGACUGCGAGGGGAGACUGCGUGGGGCCCGGGUGGACGGACGGUGACCUGGGGUCCGGGCGCAGAGAGAGCCUGACGAGUCGCGCCAAGCGCUUCCUGGCCGGGCUGGUACCGCGCUCGUAUGGCCGGGACCGGGACCGAGGGCGCUACAGGGAAAUGAGUCGUCACCGUGGGAGCAAAAUCUUCCGCCAGAAAUCUCGCUCCUGCCAUGACCUCAGUGCACUGUGACACACACACACACACACACACACACACACACACACACACACACACA